AUGGAGAAUUUUUUCUUCUUGAAAACUAGGGGUCUGGAAUUGGGAGAGAAGGGAAGCUCAGGCCGGACUCCUGAGAGGGCGGGUUUUCAUUUUGGGGAAGGCAAGGAGACGACGACAACAGAGGAAAUGGAACCAGCGAAGAACGAUGUCGUAUCUCGGUUGACAAAUGAGAAACCAGUCAACCAGAAGGAUGAUCAGACGGCUGAGACGUCUCCUGCUCCUGAGCCAACUGGUGGUGAUGGCUUCACUAGCCAGGAUUGCUUGAAUCCCUGCCAUGAUCUUGGAAAUAUUACUGCUUGCCUUGGUUCAUCACCUGGCGCUUCUGGAGACUUGUUUCUCAUUGUCAAGAAUGGUGGAGGAAGUACUUUGAAAGUGAAUGUCACAUUAUCAACUCUUGAGAAUACUUAUGAUGAAAUUGAAAUAUCAGGAUACCAGACAAAGAAGGUCAAUAUCUCAGCUAAUAAUGGAGGUGGUUAUUCCAUUGUAUUAAAUGCUGGAAAUGGUGAAUGUACAAUUAGCAUGCAGUCUCCUACACGAAAUGGUAACAUUUUUCAGCAUUUUCCUUCUUUUGCCACCCCAGUCAAUGGAGUCUAUCUGUUGCUCACAGCUCCUCUGAUUAUUGGCUUGACAUGGGCCUGCUGCAAGACGAUGAAAAUGGGAAAGCAGGUUGAUGGAAUCCCCUAUAAGGAGCUUGAAAUGGCACAGCCAGAUUCUGUAACGGCUGACAAUGUAGAAACAGCAGAAGGUUGGGAACAAGAUUGGGAUGGUGAUUGGGAUGAAACAUAG